AUGGCCCGACGAGCAGGUGCUGUAGUGGCUACCGACAAGAAAGUGACUGGUGGAAGCAACAAAGCUCAUCAAGGAACUGACCACCAGCGCAUUGCCAAACUUGACCGAGAAAACGAGGUCGCCCCACCACCCAAAAUCUCGCCUACCGUCGGUCGGACUAUCCAAACCUCACGUCUUGCACUCGAGCUCUCCCAGAAGGAUCUCGCUGCUAAGAUCAACGAGAAGCCCUCUGUUCUUCAAGACUACGAGUCUGGGAAGGCCAUCCCUAACCCCCAGAUCCUUGGGAAACUCGAGAGGAUUCUCAAAGUCAAGCUGAGGGGAUCAGAGAUUGGGAAGAAACUGGAGGGACCUAAGAAAGCUUAA